AUGUCAGAGAUCUGCUACAGUUCAGAUGAUCCAGGGAUCCGGAUUCUUCUGAUAGGCAGAUAUGGUUCUGGCCAAAGCUCAUCUGGGAACACCAUACUGGGAGAAAAGAGGUUUAAAGUUAAGAAGCAUGAAACUGAAAUUUGUGAGGGUAAAACACAGAUUGGAGAAAAGCGGGUGCACGUGAUUAAUUCUCCAGAUCUACUGGAUCCAGAUCUGUCUGAAGAGAAGCUGGAGGAACUGAAAGGGCAGCUGGUCUCUCGAUGUUCAGCAGGUCUCAGUGCAGUUCUGCUCACCGUUCCUCUAGAGCAACAUGUGCAAAAUGAGGAAGAGAUCCUGGAUUAUAUUAAAGGUUUACUUGGUCCUGAAGUUCAGAAAUACAUGAUGGUCCUUUUCACACGUGGAGAUGAACUGGAGGAUCUGGAUGAACCACAGACCAUUGAGGAAUAUCUACAAAGCAAAGAUCAUGCAGAUCUCCAGCGACUGGUGACUGAAUGUGGAGGAAAGUUUCAUUGUUUCAGUAACAAGAAGCAUGUAGAAGGUCAAGUCGAAAGAUUACUACAGAAAAUUGAAGAAAUGAUGAUGAAGAACAGAGGGAGAUUUACCAUGGAGCAAAUGAAAAGGAGUGGCAGCAACAGAGAUCCACCUGUCAAUUUUUCAGGAGAGUCUCCAGUGAAAAGUCCAGAUGAGAUUCAACAGACUACUGAGACUGAGAGGAAAGACCAGAUCAGGCUGGUUCUCCUUGGAAAAACUGGAUGUGGGAAAAGUGCCACAGGAAACACUAUCAUCGGCAGAAAAGUGUUUGAUUCUUCAGCCGCUUCAACCUCUCAGACCAAACAGUGUCAGUCAGAAACUACAGUGAGGAUGGGUAAAGAAAUAUCAGUAAUUGACACUCCUGGACUUUACGAUACUGAACUCAGUAAACAGCAGGUUCAAAGAGAAAUAGUGAAAUGUGUAACAUUCGCCUCUCCUGGACCACAUGCUUUUAUUAUCAUCAUUAGAGUGGGUCGAUUCACUGAGGAGGAGAAAAAUACAGUGCAACAUCUCAAAGAAGUAUUUGGAGAACAGAUACUAAAAUACACCAUGAUCCUCUUCACGUACAAAGAUCAGUUAAAGAAAAAUGAAACCAUUGAGCAGUAUCUACAGAAAGCUGAUCCAGCUCUUAAAGAACUUAUACAGAGCUGUGGACGUCGAUUCUUCUUUCUGGACAAUGAGUCUGCCAGUUUCCCACAGUUCAAAGAUCUGAUCAGUAAAAUAGAGAGGAUGAUGGAAGAAAAUGGAGGGACGCACUUUACAAGUGACAUGUUUGAAGAAACAGAGAAAUGCAUUCAGGAGAUUCAGGAGAUUCAGAAGCAGAAACUGGAUGAGAAAUUGAAACAGUUCAAACAGCAGAACAAACGGGUCACUAACACAGAAUGGAAGAAAAAAUACUGGUCUUUAGUUGAGGAGUCACGACAGGAAGCAGAGCGAUCAUUUUCUGAUAUAAAUCUGCACCUCCUGCGAAGCAGCCCAACAUUGACCAGUGAGGAAGGAGCGAGUUCCGCAAAAGAAUCUGAGCACAAAGCAACCGGUCUUUUUAGGGCAGUUAUACUUUCAUUCAGAGAGAGGAUGUGUGUGAUUCAAUGAAAAACCACAAUGAUCAGACACGAGUCAUUAUUCAGCUCAAUUCAAUUCAAGAAUUCAAGUUUUGUUCUCAUCUGACAGUGUCACUGCAGUCAAAUCAAUGAUAUUGCUGAAUAUUAAGUGUAUUUUAAACCCUGAAACUCAAGCCAAAGGUCACAGUGACAAGAAACACAAACUCUGUCAGGUGACAGAAAAAAGAAAAAGAAAAAAAAAAACCUUGGGAGAAAAAACAUUUUGGCUCUGUCCUUAUCAUGCUGCACCACUUUUUUUUUUUUUAAUAUAUGGACAUUUACUCAAACUUCAGUAUCUCGGCUCAUGAUGGUUGUAGCUCCUUGAAACAAAAACAGAUCUUUAGAGUAUGCAAUCUUUCAUGCGAUCAAUUUUACAAUAAGUGGACUACUUGUGAUGGACUGACCCUUGAGAGAAACUAUUUUAUGAUUGAUCACAAAGAUACCAUAGAACAACCAUUUUUGGUUCCACAUCGAACCAUUCAGUCAAAGAUUUUUAAAGAACCAUUUCUUUCUUGCCUUUUUAUAAUCUGAAGAACCUGCUUUCACCACAAAGAACCUUGUGUGAAACAGAAAGGUUCUUAAGAUGUUAAAGGUUCAUUAUGGAACCAUUUCGAAAAACAAAAAAAGGGUUCUUCUAUGGCAUCGUGAAGCACCUUUAUUUUGAAGAGUGUAGUUUCUUCAGCUGUGCUGAGGAGAAAUGACCAUGUAAACAACUUCAGUCUGAGCUGAACUUUGAGGAGAAAAAUGCAGCUUAAAUAAGCAGCUUAAUAUUACUCAGAUCAACUAAAGGAGAAAUAUAAAACUGUUGAGCAAUUUCUACAGAAUGGUGAUCCAAAUCUUCAAUCCCUCAUACGAAAUUGAUUCCUCUGUCUGGACAACAUGUCUUCCAAUUUCCCACAGUUCAAAGUUCUGCUCAGUAAAAUAGAGAUGAUAGUGAAAGAAAAUGGAGGGAUGUCACUUUAAAAGUGAAGUGUGGCAUUUCUUAAUGCAUUCAAGAGAAGAAACUGGAAGAAGCAGCAGUUAGGCUUAGUAGAAGAGUCUCGAUGUGUAGAAGAGCAUUUGAUCAUGACUGGUGAAAUCCUAAUAGUUCUAGCCAGAGUUAAAGAGCACCAGUUCAACUUGCGAACAGAAGUACAGAGAAACUAGCAAAAACAGAAGAUGUGUGAAAUUCAAUUAGAGACAAGGAUCAGACACACACACGACACUAGUCAAACUAAAUCAAUGCAUGCUUUCUUCUUAAACUAUCUCAUUCAUAAGGAAACAUUUAAAUUUUCCUCUUAUAGAAAUUUGCUAAUUUGUAAUGCAAAAAACAAAACAAAAAAACAAAC